AUGGAUGAUCAUCGAACGAUUGACAGCAGCAAAAAGAAAGCAUGGACAACGCUAAAAAAGAAAUCCCCGGGAAGUCAAUCUUGCCCAAUGCAACCUGGCAAAUGCAGGACGGGAAAAAGACUAUCUCGAAGCUCCGUCUUUUCAGUCAAGCAGACACGGAUUGGAUGGGCUAGCUACGGCAUGAGGGAGAGAGUGUGUGGUGACACGAGAGAUGGUUUCGUGCAUGUAGGACAGGCCAGAGGAGGUGACACAGAGUACCUACAGAGGGGUGGUUUAAUCUGGUAUGCAACAAUUAGCUCAACUGUCAGCAUUAGCAUCUGCAUCUGCAUCUUCUAG